UAAAUAUGGUUUUAUCAUAAAAUGGAUAUUCACAAAUUGUGGGAAUAUAAAGAGUAUGUUAAUGUCAAUGGAUUUAUGUUAUCGAACGAGUUAAUAUCAUUGUUACAAAAUUCUCUGACACUGUUACAAGUAGAGAACCACUUUUCUCACGUUCAAUACUGGGGACAGAUCUACGCUGUCGAUGGAGAUUAUCAUAUAGCAGUGGGUAUCACCAGAGAUGCCUUAGCGGAUAGAAGGUAUUUCUACUCAACUGACUUUAAAUUCUGGGGCCUUCUGGCCAGACCAAAGAAGAAAUAUAAGCAACUUUCUCUACUUACAACAUUUCCUUUUCGUGGCGACCCGUCAUUGAAAAUAAAAGUCCUUGAUGAAGCGAUGGAUGAACAGCAUCCUGAUAGAUGCCAGGAGAUGCGAGAAGAGAAACGCCUUGCAGCAACUAUCAGCAACAUUUGUGACGAAGCUGAGAUUUGCGCUCGUGGACAACUAAUUAAACAGCCAGAUGGCACUAUAGUAAUUAACCCUAAUUUCUAUGGACUGACAGGCCAGGAAGCAAAACUGCUUAAAUCUUAUAUGCAUAUUCGCCCAGCACAGCAACGUUGGAAUUCAAACCUGUUGACUAGACAAGAUUAUAACUUUAGUAUGGAUUUUCUAGACUCCAUCGACCAGGACAUACCUUCUGGGUGCUGGAACCUGUCAUUGGAGCAGAAUGGAACUCUCGCAUAUUUAAAAAGUUUAUACUGGCCAGGAAUGUCAUACUUCCAUAAAAUAAAGACCCCUGAUGCAGGAUUUUUGUAUAUUGGAAAUGGAAGGAAAAAUUUAGAUGUUCCUUUUCUAAUUUAAACAUACAGUUACGAUGUGUAUACAUGUUUAUUUCGUUUUUUAAACCCAUACUAUAAGUAUGAGUGAGAGAUCUGACUUGACUGGCGCUGAACUGGCAACAAAUGUGGCCUUGUUUCAAAUGUUUGAACAGAACUCUCUUUAUACUAGAUAAUACAGAUGAAAUUAGAGAAGUGGAAUCCAAAGUCAAGAUAAUAGAAGCUGUGUAUAUAAAAGAAAAUAAUAAAAGUACUUAACUGUG